AUGUCAUCAAUAUCACUUUCCACCGCUGUCGAUGCCGCCAGAAAGGAGAGCAAUGCAUACCAAGAGAUCUUUGGUAAUCUGCUGUGCCUAGGCCUGCGAGACUUUGUCUUUCUCAACAGUACAACCCAAGCGUAUUUCAUCCACUUGAAUAUCCAUUUUGAAGUUGGUAACCUCAUUCUGGUGGACGCACUACCAUUUACGUUCGUCUUUAUCGAUCAAACACUCAGCCCGUAUGAUUUACGACUUUGUGCGUGUCGAAAUAUUGUCAAUGCACUCAACCUAGCAUUUCAAACGAGUCCUGCGAAGAGCGAAAAAAGCCCCGGGUUCAACAUUCUGUUGCUUGAUCCAUAUCCCGACCUUCUCACAAACGCUAUAAUACGUACCGCCUCGUCAUUACUUGUUCUCUACGAAAUGGAACAGUUGUGUCGAGAGAAUGCGGCGGCCAUGUUUUCGGUGGUUAUCGCAGCUCUCGAGACACUAGCGAAGAUAUCGCACAUUGCGGCAGAAGCUCUACCAUUGUUAAAGGAGAAGUCUAGGACGACUUUGACUGAGAAGAGCGUUAGUAGCACCAAUGCGCCUGCACGCCUGGAAUAUUUCUCGUUAGCCGCAAUCGAGCCUGAUAUUUUCGGUCCUGAAUUGCUCAACAACCUUCAGCAGCCGACCAUAGACACGCUGUUUAGAGAUCCUACUCAGGAUCAAUUUGGUGGUGAUCGGCAUCCACUUUCAUUCCCGGAUGAACUUGCACCAGACGAGCUCGAAUCUAUAUCUCUAGAUGUGGAUCUCCAGGGACUUCUCAACAGAACUUUGAUUGAUGUAUGA